CAAUUUUUGUGAACACGUGUAGUUGGCAUUUGACGAUCAUGAUAAAAAUUGUCUAUCUCUUGGCUUUGUGCCUCACUGCUGUUCUGGCUUUACCCUCACAGCAGAGAAUAGUAGGUGGAUCAUUGACUACUAUUAACCAAUAUCCAUUUGGGGCAGCAGUUUUAAAGUUAUUCGGUUCAAGUUACCGCCAAGAAUGUGGAGGUACAAUCAUCAACAACAGAUCUGUUCUUUCUGCUGCUCAUUGCUUUUUCCGUGAACCAUCUAAUUUAUUCCAAAUUCGAGUCGGCUCCACCUUUGCCAACAGCGGUGGUUCCGUCUAUACUGUAUCUAACAUCAUCAAUCAUCCCAGCUUUACAUUGAAUAACAAUGAUGUCAGCGUAUUGAGAGUUUCCCAAGCCUUUACUUUUGGAAACACUGUGCAAGUUGGACAAAUACCUGGUAGCAAUUAUGCGCUUGCUGAUAACCAAGCCGUAUGGGUUAUAGGAUGGGGCAAGACAUCUUUCGAUGGUUCGGCGUCUGAACAACUUCGCCACGUCCAGGUCUGGACAGUCAACCAAAAUACUUGCAGAAAUAUUUAUGGUAGCGUAAUCACCGACAAUAUGUUGUGUGCUGGAUAUCUGAACGUGGGAGGACGGGACAGUUGCACUCAGGACUCAGGCGGCCCUCUCCUUCAUAACGGUAUUGUGGUCGGUAUCGUCUCCUUCGGUAAUGGUUGCGGAGACGGUCGUUUCCCAGGUGUUUACGCAAGAGUUUCAGGAUACACGAACUGGAUACAAUCUAAUGCGUAAAUUAAAAAAUGCCCGAAAGCUAUAAUAAAUAUUCA